AUCAGAUUUCUGGCGGUAGAAGAAUGUACAGUACUCAGUGUACCACAUCACUGUAGCAUCCAAGAGGAUAUUUUGUGGCACUUACUCAGAAUCUUUCAUGAAAUGAGGGUCAUAUGAAAUGCUCAGUAUGGCAAGCAGGAAACGUCACAGUACCAGGGCUAGCAUGCUGGAUCAGAGACCAAGGUCCUGCCCUUCUUCUCCUCAAAUCUUAAGUCGUGAAAAGGAGGACUCUGUAUAUGAGGAGGAAACUGUUGUUCAUGAGUACACAAAUACACAAUUACAUAAUAGGCAUUCUGCAAGCAAUCAAGAGGAGCAAGACUGUAAUGAUAAUAGUGGUGAUGGUGACUCAAGUUCUGAUUAUGUGAAUAAUACUUCUGAUGAGGAGUAUGAUGAAGGCCUUCCAGAUGAAGAAGAAGGUAUCACUUAUUACAUACGCUACUGUCCUGAAGAUGACAGCUACCUUGAAGGCAUGGACUGCAAUGGAGAGGAAUAUGUCCACACUGAAGAAAACCACGUAGAUACAGAUGAAUGUGUUGAAGCAGUGGAAGAUGAGUGGACAGAAUCCAAACUACAGCAACAAGAAUGUAUUGAAGGAGAUGUAGGGCAGGAGAACCAGAUGCAGAUUUUAGAGGAGGACAAUUCAUCUUCAUUAGAAGUUCAAGACCAGGAGGAAACAGCUCAGUAUAGUGAAAAUGAAGAAGUAUAUCAGGAUUACUAUCCUGUGGAAGCUAAUGGUAAUUCUCUUCCCCAAUCUCCAUUUCAGAAAAGGAAAACUGAUGGUAAUGUAGAGGAUCAAGAGGAAGAUAUUGACCAGAUAGUAGCUGAGAUCAAAAUGAGUAUGAGUAUGAGCAGUAUCAAUAGUACAACAGACAUGAGCCCGGAGCAUGUUGGAACAGAAAUUGUGCCAAUAGACCAUAAGGAAAUAUGCCAGAAAACAGAUGCAGGACACUCUGCAAACAGGCAUGAAAGCCGACCAAAGUCUUUGAAUAUUCCAUCAGCUUCAAAGCAUGGUGAUAUACAAAGAAGUUAUAAAACAAAAGUUCGAACUCCAGAAGAAAGACAGAAGUGGUCUCAAGAACAGGUGUGUAACAGUGGAGAGCAGCCUAGGAAACAGCAGCGCUCUGACCUUAAUGGACCAAUUGAUAACAACAAUGUUUCUGAGGAAACAAAGAAAGUGGCGACUUUCCCCAGUUUUGUGGAUGUGCCUGGCCCUUGUGAGCCAGAAGAUCUUAUUGAUGGAAUCAUCUUUGCAGCCAAUUUCUUGGGCUCUACACAGCUGUUGUCAGAACGCAAUCCAUCGAAAAAUAUCCGAAUGAUGCAAGCUCAAGAAGCUGUCAGCCGUGUGAAGAACUCUGAAGGAGAUUCUCAGACGUUAACAGAAGUGGAUCUUUUUAUAUCAACACAGAGGAUCAAAGUUUUAAAUGCUGAUACACAGGAAACGAUGAUGGACCAUGCCCUAAGGACAAUCUCAUACAUUGCUGACAUUGGAAAUAUUGUUGUCUUGAUGGCAAGACGUCGGAUGCCUAGAUCUGCUUCUCAAGAUUGUAUAGAAACUACUCCAGGUGCUCAGGAAGGAAAGAAGCAGUACAAGAUGAUCUGUCAUGUGUUUGAGUCGGAAGAUGCCCAGCUCAUUGCACAGUCAAUUGGCCAAGCUUUCAGUGUUGCUUACCAGGAAUUCUUACGAGCCAAUGGUAUCAACCCAGAAGACCUCAGUCAAAAAGAAUAUAGUGAUAUAAUUAAUACACAAGAGAUGUAUAAUGAUGACCUCAUACACUUUUCAAACUCUGAAAACUGCAAAGAGCUUCAGGUGGAAAAGCUCAAGGGAGAGAUAUUGGGAGUGGUUGUUGUGGAAUCUGGAUGGGGCUCAAUACUUCCUACUGUAAUACUAGCCAAUAUGAUGAAUGGGGGACCAGCUGCACGCUCCGGAAAACUCAGCAUUGGAGAUCAAAUUAUGUCUAUAAAUGGAACAAGCUUGGUUGGCCUUCCUCUAGCAACUUGUCAAGGUAUAAUUAAGGGUCUUAAGAAUCAAACGCAACUGAAACUAAAUAUUGUCAGCUGCCCACCUGUCACCACUGUCCUUAUCAAGAGACCCGAUCUGAAAUACCAAUUGGGCUUCAGUGUGCAGAAUGGAAUUAUCUGUAGCCUCAUGAGAGGAGGGAUUGCCGAGAGAGGUGGCGUAAGAGUCGGACAUCGCAUCAUUGAGAUCAAUGGACAAAGUGUGGUGGCCACAGCUCAUGAAAAAAUAGUCCAAGCGCUUUCCAAUUCCGUAGGAGAGAUCCACAUGAAGACUAUGCCAGCAGCGAUGUUCAGGCUUCUUACUGGACAGGAGACACCUCUCUACAUCUAAUAACAAGCAGCCAUAAAAGAAAUUGUACUUCAAGCUCAGAUCAAUAUACAUCCGCAUAUCGACAGAGACACUGGGCAGAUAUUUUGUAUUUCGAACAAAAGAACACCAGUUAUCAAUGGACAGAGGCUUUUACUUUUCAGUUUUUUUUCACUUGCUUCUCAUUUUUUGCCAGAGGCAUUGGCAGUUCUAAGCAAGUCCAUGACCAAUGAGAACAAUUUGUACAUCGUAGUCAUUCCGGACUGCUUGCUCUUCAUGACUAGAAAUGAGGAUAUUUAUUUGGUAUCGUACAUGUAGUGUUAAGGUGUAUGUGCUCUCUCUGUGUUACAUUGGUAAGUGUGUGCAAUUAAUGACAGACCGAGAUGGUUUACUAUAGAUACGCGAAUUUCAUAUUUUGAAAUUCGUUCACGCUUCAUUUACUGGUAAAAGGUGAACUGCGUUAUGGAUUCCGUUACUAUGGACCAUAAAACAAUUCUAUAACAGAAUGCAUAACGGAAUGCCUCUAAAGGUGUCCACAGUGUAUUGUAUCCAUUAGAGAUGAGCGAAUUUCCG